AUGUCUGAACCACAAGCAAAUCAUCUUCCCCUCGUAAUCAUCAACAAUUUCAAAUACGAUGAAAGUUCUAGCGGUGCGAGCAUUCAUUGGAGAGAACCUGUGUUUGAAUAUCGCUUUGGAUUAUUUCCAUUUUCAAAAGAGGAACUCUUGAAUCAUAUCCGAAAAGAAAUAACAAAUAUCAAUAAUCUUCAUCGUGAACAACAACAACCUGGUGAGAAGAUUUAUUAUUCCGAAGAAAAUGUGAGAGGAAUAUAUAUGUUUGGAUCGAGAGUUUCAAAAACAAAUGUUAAUAACUCUGAUUUUGAUAUGAUCAUCAUUGUUGAUGAUUUACGUUCAGAGAUGGUUACAGAAGGAGGCUAUUCAAGCAAUAUGCAAUGCAUGCUUCAUUCAUCGAUGGAAUGCGAGGUGAAACACAAAAUCAGUGGCAACAAUGUUAUGGAAAAAUUCGAAAUUGAAGUGCACAUGAUGAACACUUAUUUCUUUGUUGAAUAUGUCUAUUCAGAGCUCCCAAUAUUCAUGUUGAGUGCUCAACAGCCCAAUGACGAUUAUGUUCUGUAUGAAUGUUCGAGAAUGAAAAUCUGGAGACAGCAUUGGAAUCAAUGGUUUCUGAGAAUUACUAGAGCAAAAAACUCGUUCUUGCACGAAUUGAACUAUUGUUUCAACAAAUCAUUUCGUUUUUGGAAUGGCUUGAAAAAAGGAAUAUUCACAACAGAUCACGGAAGAAGGAGUGCUUUAAAAAAAGUGAAAAAGAAUUUAGCACAUGGAAUAAGAUACUGCAAAUUUGCAUAUCAAAUUGUUUUUGGAGGCUGUAUUUAUGAUUACAAAGAGACCAACAAAUUUUAUGACAACAUUGUAUUUAAUACGGAACAUUACACAACUUGGGAAGAAUACAAAAACCAUGCCGAAAAUCACUACAAUAAGUGGAACAGAGAAUUUAAAGACGAUUUAAAAGAUAUUGUAAAGGAUGCGUUAGAUAGGAUGAAAAACCUCAGCCUAAAAGCUGGAUCUCUAACCAUUAUUGAAUUUUUAAAUCGCUACUUAUCUUUCUUUAAAUUGAAUGGUACAUUUAUUGACAAUAAUAACGUGGUUAUUCGCCAUUCGUAUGAAAAGGACUAUUCAUUUCAAUAUUGCCAUGGACCUUUCUCUCUAAUGCGACUCUUUGCCAUUAAUGUAACGCCAAUAGAGUGGCAUGAUAAUCCUAACAAGGCUAAAUUAUUCAAGUUAAAUAUUGACAUGAAGUAUAUCAACUUGGAGCUGUCUUCAGUGUUUUAUGAGUUAUCUCCCUAUUUAGAGUGUAAUGGAACAAUUGUUGGAAUUAACAUCAAAAAUUGUGAUCACGAAUGGAAUGUCCAUGUAGAAUAUUAUCCUGUAAGCGUACCAAGACGAUAUUUAGAGGAAUACGAUAACCUUUCCAGUAGGCAUGAAAAUAUUGACUUCACUAAGGAUCUCUGCAAAUUCUCAAUCUACGUAAAACCCAGGGGAAUUUCAUGUGAAUUGUUUUAUUUCGAAAAUCAAUGGCACUUUACUCUUGACUCAGAGAAAGAAGAUUGGAUUUAUUGGGUUGCACAAUCUCGAGAAAGCAACGAAAAAAAACAACUUCUACAGAUGUUGAAACAACAACCCUAUGUGGAAGACGCUCACAUUACAUUUUACUUUAUUCUCCAAAAGGAAAGAAAUCGACUUAUUUUUCGAGGAUGCAGAAAUUUAACGACUCUUAUUGAAUGCAAAGAUUGGAGAAAGUAUGGAGAAAAAUAUGGAUGGCACGACCAAGUAGAACAACUUUCGGUCACUGACACCACUAGUGUCUCGGAUUUAGUGGAUAUAAUUAAUGACUUUUCUAAAUAUCCUCCAUCUGAAAUUGAAGGAUUGGAAAUAAUUAAUUAUUCAGAAGAAUGUCAAAGCUUUUCCAUUUUGUCAUCUCUUCAUUUCAAUAUUUCAAACCUAAGGAUAGGUAAUGCCAACUAUAUGAUCAAGCUCCUUAAUCAAGAUGUUGUCAAAGAUCCUCCAUCUGAGCUUACUCAAUCCAAGCAUAAUGAAUUCAGACUACUGAAAGUAAUUGUGCAGAGCUUGUAUGUGGAAAAAUUUUCUGAAGAAUCUAUUAUUCAAGAAUUGAACCCACUUUUUCUUGUUCCAUAUACAAAGAUGAAGACCACCUAUCUCCAACUUUGUGUCUUACUUGAUCAAUUCUAUCGAGACCACUUGCUUGUCAAGGAAGAUGAUAUUGAAAGCUUCAACCGAACAGCCCUUACUUUUCCUUUGACUCAGAGCAAAAGCGUUGUUGGUCUAUUUCACACUCUUAAAAAGUUUUACAAACAAACCAAGAUCAUUUCAGCAUCAAGAUAUUGGAGAAAUUUAUUUAUCUACAACGCUGAAGGGAAGGAUUUUGUCUCUCAGUCACGUUUCUUACUUGACUUGCUCUGUUUUCGAGAAUUUGGAAUACCAGCGACCAUGAGAAAUGAUGGGCAUCACUGA